CAGAAGUGUUUCUUUUUAAUAUGUCUUUCUUACGUUCCAUUCGCUCUCUAACAAAUACAUUUUACUCGAUGUAAAGGGAAACUCGAUGAAGGUUCAACCCUUUUUUCUUUUCUUCCAUAUAAAGUAAAAUAAUAUUUCAUGAUGGACGAUAGUCUGUACUUAAAGUAAAAAAAUCAAUACAAAUGUACACCUAACGUAUGUACUUACUUAUUAUCAUUGAAAGAUAUAAUUUCAAAGCAAAUGAUUGAAUGUGGAACGUUAGAAAGAAAUUAUGAUUUAUUCAAAGGAGGAGUUAACGUAUCGGUCAGUCAGUCUUUCAAUCUACUCGUCUGAAGAUUAUUAAUGAACCAUUUCCCUUCACAGAAGGAAGUAUCAUGAGAGAAACGAAGUAGUAUUAAUACAAACGUUAUAUCAAGAAGAGUUUUAAACGAUGUUUAAAAUACCUGCAGAAAGGGCUAUUCUCUUUUUAAAAGCCAGUGUUAUCUUAUCUGCCUGUUGGCCACCUUCACCAAAGGCAAAACGUUCUCAUAUCAUUUUAUUUGAACUCUCUUGGUACAUCCUUUUUAUCAACACUCUAUUCCUUUUAUUUCCAUUGAUAAAUGCUAUUUAUGAGAAUCGUAAUGAUUCCAUUGGUAUGACCAAGUCGAUCUGUUUGUCUUGUGCUGUCAUACAAAUCACUUUUAAAAUGAUACUCUGCCGUCUUGAACGUUCUCGAUUACAAUCUUUGCUCUUCGACUUUGAGAACUCUUGCAAAAUUAAAACUAGUCGAGAAAAAGCUGUAUUUGAAAGAUACAUAGAUAAAUGCAAAUACAUUCACACACUUUACACGACUUUAUGUUAUUUAACAGCAAUCGUCAUUAUCUGUAGUCCACUAUACACGUCCCAAAGAUUUCCGACUAAUGCUAAAUAUCCUUUUUCUGUGAAUUAUUCACCAAUUCGUGAAAUAAUCUUUCUUCAUCAAACCUUAGCAGGUUUACAGGCCUCGACUGGCAUGUGUAUUGAUUGUCUACUUGCUGCUCUUCUCUGGUAUAUCGGUGCUAAAUUCGAAGUUUUAUCAAAGGAUAUCAGAGAAUUUAGAAAUGUGGAAGAAUUGAAUUUUUGCUUAAACAAACAUCAGGAAAUACUCAGGUAUGCAUCUGAGACUAAAAAUGUUAUUUUGCAUUUGAUUUUAAUUAUCGUACUAACAACUACAAUAGGUACUAUCUUUGCUGGUUUAAAUAUCGUCGAUCAACAACCAAUGGCAGUGAAGAUUCAAUAUGUCUUCAUUGUAUGUGUGGCCAGUACAGAACUUCUGAUUUCUGCUUGGCCCGCAGAUAAUUUAAUAAAUACAAGCAGUAAUAUCUCCUGGGAUGUAUAUAAUUCGAACUGGUUGAAAUGUAAUCCUCGUGUAAGAAGAAAUCUUGUGCUGUGUAUCAUCAGAUCGCAAAAAUUUGAAACAAUUGAUAUUGGAAAACUGAAAAUAUCAUUGUGUCUUGAAUAUUAUGCUACAUACUUAACUUCAUCUUUCUCUUAUUUCACUACAUUGAGAGCAGUACUUGGAAAAGAAUAAUAUGGAAUCGUAUUAUGAAUUUUUUAAGAUGAAAUAAGAAAAUAAAAAGAAAAUGAGAUUACUGCAGCCAUAAAUUCUCUUCGUGAAAUGCUAUCGCAAAAAUUCUCGAAUUACAAUAAGAACAUGUAACAAUAGUGGUGUUAGUUGAAUAAAAAGAGAAACUAUUGUUCAUUAAAUAUUAAAAAUUCCUAUUUUCUUAAU